CUGGCGCUCGCCCAGUGUGUUGCUGCCCAGCCCAUCUGCCAUCAGACACUCCCCACUGGUUGCCUCUUUCCAAAGUGUCUGCCUGAUUGAGUCCCAGUCACUCCAUUUUGAUUGAACCCCACAGAUGCAGAGCAAGGCCAAGUAUGGACCUAUGUGGAUAAACUAUCUAGGGCCUCAGCUCCAUGUGAACUUGGCCAGUGCCCCACUUGUGGAGCAAGUGAUGCGGCAAGAAGGCAAAUACCCAAUACGGAAUGACAUGGCCCUGUGGAAGGAGCACCGGGACCAGAAGGGCCUGUCCUAUGGACCCUUCACUUCGCAUGGGCACCAGUGGUACCAGCUGCGCCAGGCUCUGAACCAGAGGAUGCUGAAGCCCGCCGAUGCUGCCCUCUAUACGGAUGCUCUGAACCAGGUGAUAGACGAUCUUCUGGUCCAGAUGGAACAGAAGCUGGCAGAGAGCGAAUCGGGGGACCACAUUCCUGAUGUAGCCCAUGUCUUCUACCACUUUGCUUUGGAAGCUAUUUGUUACAUCCUAUUUGAAAAACGCGUCGGCUGCCUGGAGCCAACCAUCCCCGAGGACACCACAGCCUUCGUCAACUCCGUGGGACUCAUGUUCCAGAACUCUCUCUAUGCCACCUUCCUCCCUAAGUGGACACGCUCCCUGCUGCCCUUCUGGGAUCGAUACAUUGAUGGCUGGAACACCAUCUUCUCCUUUGGGAAGAAGCUGAUUGAUCAGAAACUCAAGGAGGUGGAGGCUCAACUGCAGGCAGGGAAGCCAGAUGAGAUCCAGGUAUCUGGCUACCUGCACUUCCUGCUGACCAGCGGACAGCUCAGUCCUCGAGAGGCCCUGGGCAGCCUGCCCGAGCUGCUCAUGGCCGGAGUGGACACGACAUCCAACACACUGACGUGGGCCCUCUACCACCUGUCCAAGCACCCAGAAAUCCAAGAGGCUUUAUACAAGGAGGUGGUGGACGUGGUGCCAGCCGGGCAGGUGCCCCGAUACAAAGACUUGGCCUGCUUGCCCUUGCUCAAAGCUGUGAUUAAGGAGACCCUGCGCCUUUAUCCUGUGGUUCACACCAACUCCAGGGUCAUCGAGGACAAGGAAGUAGAAGUUGGUGGCUUCCUCUUCCCAAAGAACACCCAGUUUGUGCUCUGUCACUACGUGGUGUCCCGGGACCCCAGCGUCUUCCCCGAGCCUGAUAGCUUCCAGCCCCACCGCUGGCUGAGGAAGAGCCAGGCAGAUGUCCCGGGGGUCCAGCACCCGUUUGGUUCUGUGCCCUUCGGGUAUGGGGUUCGGGCUUGCUUGGGCCGCAGGAUUGCUGAACUGGAGAUGCACCUGCUGCUGACUAGACUGAUCCAGAAGUAUGAGGUAGUGCUGGCUCCUGAGACCGGGGAGUUGAAGACUGUCGCCCGCAUUGUCCUGGUUCCCCACAGGAAGGUGGGCCUGCGCUUCCUGGAGCGGCAGUGCAGAGCUGGGGCCCUGACUUCCUGGGGCUGCUUCAGGGGCUCUGUACCGGCUCAGCUAGGGCAAGGGGAGGGUGUGCCAGGUCUGAGGUUGAAGGACCUCAGUGCACCCCGAACAGCACCCUAAACCUUUGUCUCUGUUGUCUGCCUUCAACACUACUCAGUCACCUCCCACAGGUGAGAGGCAGAUAGCAGGUGUCCCGGGACCCCAGCAUCUUCCCCGAGCCUGAUAGCUGAUAGAUCCUUGGGGACAUCUGCAAUAAACUUGCACUGACCAGG